AUGUCUAUGGCGGCCUCUCUUGCAACUACAUCUCAUGUACUCUGGCCUCGGUUCGUGGAUCAUUGGACCACUGUGUCCGCAGUAGAGAUCAUGUAUAUCUGGUGUCAAGAAAUAUCUUGGACUUCGAUUCUCUUCAUCAUCAACAGAUAUACCUUACUGGUAUACCUCCUCGUCAGAGUCGCAAUGCUCGCUAACGACCAUAUGCCGAACACCCUCUGUAGAGAACUGACAUACUUAUGGGACAUUGCAUAUGCUAUAUCAGAAAUUACCACGUAUGGAAUACUCACCCUACGGGUUUGGAGUAUCAGUGGACGACAGCGACGUGUCCUUAUGAUAUGUAUUCCACUGAUAACAGUCAUUAUUGUGCUCAAUCUUUUCACCAUUUUCAGCUCGACUUCGCCCGUCGAAAAUCCGAACUUGACCUCUUCCAUUACAAUGUUCGAGGGCUGCAGCUUCCAGAUCAAGAAUGCAAUGACGAUCAACAGUUGGACAAUUAUUGACAAUGAAAAACCAGCAUCCCUGGCUUAUACAACAGCAUUACUCGCACUGCAAUUUUAUGUAUUCAUCUUCACGAUGAUCAAGACAUGGCAUCAUGUAUUGGAGUCGCGUCGACUUGGUCUGUCUGGAGUUGCCUAUAUUAUCCUAAGAGACGAUUUGACUCGUGCUAAAAUGACUUCGAAGAUCAACACUGUAGACGCUAAAAGUGCCUAUACGUCCACGCUGUGGAUCAACGGUCUUAAUAUAUAUGCGAGCACAUUACCCAACCUCGUGGUAAACCACUUGGUGUUGAACCUCAAGUCAUAUUCCCGCACGCACUGUGGAACACAAAGAGAUAUAACUAUUAUUUCCACACUAAGAUUCACACGAAACAUACAUCUCGGAGAUAUAGGAGCACCACUGAAUUUCUGCGAAGAGAUGGAUCCCUCUGUCAACAGUGAUAUCUCGGUAACCGAAUCGGAUGACGAGAUCGAGACGCCAACAUCCGCGGUCCAUGAGCACGGAGGCAGCGCAGACCUUGAGAUAGUACUUGUCACCGAUUAA